AUGCCACAGCGGGCUCCCCAUCACAUUGUUCCAUCUGACAGGUCUGAAUUGGACUCCGACGAUUUGGACUCUCCAUCUGUUGCAGUGGAUAUCGCAUCAACUGCCAGUCAGCCAUCAGUCUCCAACAGCCGCGGGCAACAGCAGCAUGGGGACAUCGAGAUUGUCCGGCACUUGCAGUUAGAAAACCAGAUGCUCAAGAAUGAUAACCGUACUUUGGGCGAAAAGAACAAGACUUUAUUGUCCAAUCAACACCAACGUUCAAGCGCCCAAGUUCUGGACGAGCUGAAGGCUUUUGAUGUUGAACUCUCGACCUUUUCCCACAAGUAUGGGGUUGUUGCGGAGGUGUUCCCAUCCGAGCAUCGUAUCCUCAAACUCGUUGUGCCGAAUCCUCCACCUGCCAUCCUAUCUGGGAGUUGCUAUGCCAGCAAGAGUGCAGAAGAGCUUGGUCUUGUAACCGAGCUAUACUCCCUUCUCCCAGAUCAUCUUCAUCGGUUUGUACCUACGUCUCAUUUUCAAUCACUGCUAGAACAACAACUUCAAGGUGGCCGCUCGAGUGAAAUCGGCAAGUUAAGGGUGAUGGCAGGUCGAAUUUUCAGUCUCGAUCCAUCAUACUUUGACACCGGUUUUAUGAAUCGCGAUACAAUCCCCGAGAUCCAGAAGAUGCUCGGUACGACUGGUAGCCGUUCGUCGUCAUCAAAGUUCCCACCUGUCAUUUUUACGAGGCAGGAAAGGGACCCCACAAUGUCCACAGUCUUUGGAAAUUGGGAGCCAGUCGCAAAGGCAAUUAGGGUGAUAAUGUUCGGCAAAAAUUCACUAGAUAUUGCUGGGUGGCCUCGUGCCAAGUGUAAUGCUCGAAAGUGGGGCAUAACUUCAUGCACCCCUGUUGCCCCCAAUUCACCGACACUUGCUCUGGCUGCACCACCCGCCGUUUCCGAUGCUGUGCCAGCACCACCCACCAUUCCCAUUGCCAUGCCAGUACCACCCGCUGUUCCCGUUGCUGUGCCAGCACCACCCGCUGUUCCCAUUGCUGUACAAGCACCAGCCAUCACCCCUGCUGCUGAGACCAUCAUCACACUGGGUCCUCUUCCUGCUAUUCCAGUUUCUCUCGCAGCUGAUGAAUCCCCUCCAGUUCCUGAUGGACCUAACAACAUGGAGAUACUGCCAACAGCGGCCCCGUCCUCUAGUUGA